CAGGCUGUCACCUCUAGUUCUACAUCCGCGGAUGCGUUACCUUCUUGAAGAGCUCGUUUGUUGAUAUUGGAGAAAAUGGCGACGGGAGUUAGACAGGAGCUUGCCCAGCUGAUGAAUUCAAGCGGAUCUCACAAGGAUCUCGCCGGCAAAUAUCGACAAAUUUUGGAGAAGGCUAUUCAGUUCACAGAUGCAGAACAAUUAGAAUCACUCAAGGCCUUUGUGGAAGCUAUGGUCAAUGAGAACGUCAGCUUAGUGAUCUCUAGACAACUACUGAGCGAUUUCUGCGCACACCUGCCCAACCUUCCUGACAGCACAUCCAAGGCCGUCUGCCAUUUCACCCUGGAGAAGAUCCAGCCCAGGGUCAUCUCGUUCGAGGAGCAGGUGGCUUCAAUAAGGCAGCAUCUGGCCACAAUAUAUGAGAAGGAGGAGGACUGGAGGAACGCUGCUCAGGUGUUAGUGGGCAUUCCUCUGGAAACAGGACAGAAGCAGUAUAAUGUCGAUUAUAAGCUAGACACAUAUCUGAAGAUCGCCCGUCUCUACCUGGAGGACGACGACCCUGUCCAGGCGGAGGCCUACAUCAACCGUGCCUCCCUGCUGCAGAAUGAGUCCACCAACGAGCAGCUGCAGGUUCAUUACAAGGUGUGCUAUGCCAGAGUCCUUGACUACAGGAGGAAGUUCAUCGAGGCAGCACAGCGCUACAACGAACUCUCGUAUAAAUCGAUCGUCCAUGAGAGUGAGCGGCUCGAGGCUCUGAAACACGCUCUCCACUGCACCAUACUAGCCUCUGCAGGUCAGCAGCGCUCCCGUAUGUUGGCGACCCUCUUCAAAGAUGAGCGUUGCCAGCAGUUGGCGGCCUACGGCAUCCUUGAGAAGAUGUACCUGGACCGCAUCAUCAGGGGCAACCAGCUGCAGGAGUUUGCCGCCAUGUUGAUGCCCCACCAGAAGGCCACCACUGCAGAUGCUGUAGACCUGUUACCAACUGAAAGUCACAUGGACUCUCCUGCUGCUUCCUCAGGUUCCAGCAUCCUGGACCGUGCGGUGAUCGAGCACAACCUGCUUUCAGCCAGCAAACUCUACAACAAUAUCACCUUUGAGGAACUAGGAGCUCUUCUGGAGAUUCCCCCAGCUAAAGCUGAAAAGAUUGCCUCACAGAUGAUUACAGAAGGUCGUAUGAAUGGAUUUAUAGACCAAAUUGAUGGCAUUGUUCAUUUUGAAACCCGGGAGCCGCUGCCCACUUGGGACAAGCAGAUCCAGUCGUUGUGCUUCCAGGUCAACAACCUGCUAGAGAAAAUCAGCCAGGCAGCUCCAGAGUGGACGGCACAGGCCAUGGAGGCCCAGAUGUCCCAAUAAGGACCUUUCAUCCCUGUCCCCAUAGGACACCAAUACAGACACACUCGCAGUCUCACACACACACACACACACACACACACACACACACACACACACAACUGCAUAUGAGUGAUCUAUACACAACACUGUAGUCCAUCUGUCGGUCUUGGUUUUGGUGAAGAAAAACCAGGAACUUUGAGCCACUGCUCCUUGUCUCCACUCUAAAGUAAGAUAUUGGUUUAGAUGCACACUGGCAUUGAGAGACUUGGAUGGACAGCAGAUGAUUUUUUUCCCCCCCAUGUGAAGCAUUGCUAAUGUACAAUGUAUGCUCAGCAUCUCCAUGGUGAGCUCUCUUACAUGUCAGAUAUAUCAUCAUAUUGCUUAGCCAAAUUGGAGAAAAUAAUGUUUUUUUUCUUUUUUCCCCUAGUCAUCCGUUACAGGGCUAAUAUUGAUUUGGAAGAUGUGUUGGUGCCCUAAUGCCUCUAAAUGUCUGGCUAUCCAGCACGUAUUAAAUGUUCUACGUUUGGAACAACUGGCUUUGUUUUUUAAUGUGACAUAAUUUGGAUAAAAGCCUAUUGAUUACAUGGAAAACAAAUGAAGCCGAUCUCACAACAAAUACAUGUAACUCUCAUGUUAGAGUUGGAAUAUGCGUCACAAUUUAAGUUAUAAAUAUGUGUGAAAUUAGUAGUCCAGUAAACUUUGUGAAAUGGACCGGGUAGACCUUUGGGUAAAAAUAAAUGUUUUCUUCCAUUCAGUAGCAUCCCCCAUUUAUCAAUGAUAUCUCAUUGUCUGUUCUCAAAAAUAGACAUAAACCGAUUUUAUGGACAAUUAAAACAUGCACACAAAAACAAUAAAAUUCUUGAACUUGA